AUGGAAAAUGUACGACCAAAAAAAAGAGGUGAACGUGGUAUUGCUGCAUUUAAGUCAAAGAUUUCUCCGGAAAAAUAUAAAGUGAAGUUUGAUAAAAAUAAUAUCCCAGACGAUGGCAUGCCAGCACAGUUUAGUUCUUGGUUUGGCAUGAAGGUUCGACGCAGUUUUCCUAUAGAUAUAGAGUCGCGUAAAGCUGGAGAAAAGUAUUUUAAAGAUUUAUGGUUGGAAACUAAGAAACAGUGGAACAUCGAGUCUAAUGAUCAGGAAAAAUAUUUGAAGAGGAAAGCUGUAAAACUUGCAUCAAAUUUUAAAUCAUUCCUUGUUUCAAAUUUUGUGAAUCAAGAAUUGAAUGCUUGUCUCAAAUAUGAUUUUAUAAAACCUGAUGAAUGGGAAAGAUUUGUUGCACAAAAAACUACUCCUGGGUUUUUGGCAAGAAGUGCAAACGCUAAAGAAAGCAAUGUGAAAAGGAUAUUCAAUACACGUUUAGGUCGAAGUGGAUGGAAGGGUCUUGAAAAAAAAAGGGAUAUUAUAUGGCCUCAACUUGUAGCCAAAUACGAGUUUCUGGGUCGUAUACAAAAUGAGCGGUCUAUGUUAUAUUUAAUGGCUUUCGCAUUAAUUAACCCAGAAACAAAUACGUACGAUCUUCCCCAAGGGGCAAUUAAAGAUUUUCAAUUUUUGGUUUAUGGUGGAUUGUUCAAAAAUGUGGAAAAUAGUAGAACCACGAGACCGAGACAACAGGUUGACAUGAUCCCAUCAUUGCAUGAAUCUAGUGGUGCAUCUGGUGGACGGUUGACAGAAUACCCACCUAUUAAGGUUAGGACAGAAUGUGAAUUGCUAGUGAAUGUGGCUGAUACUCAAUUGAUAGUAGCUAAUGGUAUUGCAUGGCCAACAUCUGAAACGGUCAUACAUUCACAACAAAUAAGUACAGGUUGUGUGAAAGUACAGGUUGAUGAAAUCGUCAAAAUAUAUGAGAACUUGCCUGUGCAUGCCGUCACACGGACGGAAGAAGUUGAAUAUGUUAAACAUCUUCUACAUACCAUCGUUCAGUGGCCGAGAUAUGCAAUAAAGCUUGUGAACAAGACACCUAGCAAAUCAAAUAGUGGCACGAGAAUGGGGUCGAAUCGCGCCUCACCACACAUACAUGUUGAUGACAUCAUGACGACUUCAGCUUAUCGUCCACAAUUUGAGGAAAACCACAUUGCUUAUCAACAUGAAAUUAAUGAACAUUUUCAAGGUGGUUUAGUUGAUAUGAUGUUAUCUAUGAAUCCACCACAAGUUCAUUUAAAUGCACCCGAACCCAGAGCCAGACCCGAACCCGAAUCCGAAUUUGAAUCCGAACUCGAAUCCGAAUCCGAAUCCGAAUCCGAACCCGAACCCGAAUCCGAAUCCGAAUCCGAACCCGAACCUGAAUUCGUUACACAUGAUGAACUUGACUUGUUUACAUCCUUGAGCAAAUUACAAGAACAAAGACCUCAAAUUCAAUCUGUUGGUUUUCAAGUAGUAGAGUUUUUUGGGAAUGCAAAUGUUGUUAAUAUUUUUUCACCCAAAGGGAUGUAUCACCGUAGGGUUCAAAUUACCAUCCAGUAUAUCGAGGUAUUACAACUAUUUUUAAGAGAUUGGCUUGAUCAAAGCAUUAUUCAUUGGUUUGCAAUGCUUCUUUUUAGGUCGCCCAAUUCUGAACGUGCUUUUUUUGAUCCGCUUUGCAUUGCACGCUUAGAUACUAAAACAGACCUGUCGCCCGUCACUAAACAUAUCGAAGAAGUAUUUUCGUAUCAUAAAAGCAAACGAUAUUUUCUUGCUCCAUAUUUACAGGGUAUGCAUUGGUUGCUUUUUAUCCUAUGUCCUGAAAGCAAAUGUGGUUAUAUUCUUGAUUAUUUAUGUGAAAAGAACCAAGAAAAGAAAAAAGACGCUUACCACUUUCCUUCUUUCAUUGAUAAUGUUUUCCCGGGAUGA